CACCAACAGCUACAGCUCGAGCAGCAGCAGCGGUUUCCCGGGCCCAGUGAGUGUGUGUGUGUUGGCGCGAGCAGCAGCAACAGCUCGAGCAGCAGCAGCAGUUUCCCGGGCCCGGAGUGAGUGGCGCGAGCAACAGCACCAACAGCAACAGCUCGAGCAGCAGCAGCAGUUUCCCGGGCCCAGUGUGUGUGUGAGUGUGUGUGUUGGCGCGAGCAACAGCAGCAGCAGCGGCGCGAGCAGCAGCAGCACCAACAGCUACAGCUCGAGCAGCAGCAGCAGCGGUUUCCCGGGCCCGGAGUGAUUGGCGCGACCAACACCAACAGCAGCAACAGCGGCGGCUCGAGCAGUUCCCCGGCCCCGGGAGUUGGCGGCAGAAGCAGCGGCGGCAGCGCGAGCACCACCAUCACCACCACCGUCACCGUCGACCCGUGAGCCGAGCAGAGAGAAGGCGGCGGCGGCAAGAAGAAGCAGCGGCGGCGGCGGCGUCCCCGGGCGGCGGCCCCGCUGGCACGGGACAAUAAUGAUUCACCAUGAACCAGAGGGAGCCCUUGAUUCAUCUGUUUGCUGGCGGCUGCGGGGGGACAGUGGGAGCCAUUUUAACCUGUCCUCUGGAAGUGGUGAAAACUAGACUGCAGUCAUCAUCUGUUACAUUCUAUAUCCCAGAAGUUCAUCUCAACACAAUAAAUGGAGCCCGCGUGGGUCGGGUGGCUCGUGUUUCCCCUGGCCCUCUGCAUUGCUUAAAGAUAAUUCUGGAGAAGGAAGGUCCCCGCUCUCUCUUCAGAGGGCUCGGACCUAAUCUGAUAGGUGUUGCGCCGUCCAGAGCUAUUUACUUUGCUGCUUACUCCAGUUCUAAGGAAAAAUUGAAUGCUGUCCUAGAACCAGACACAAGCCUGGUACACAUGCUCUCAGCUGGAGUAGCAGGCUUUACUGCUAUUACUGCCACCAAUCCCAUCUGGCUAAUAAAGACACGCUUGCAACUGGAAGCACGAAGCCGAGGUGAAACACAGAUGAGUGCUUUUGAAUGUGUGAGAAGAGUAUAUCGCUCUGAUGGUAUUAGAGGCUUCUAUAGAGGAAUGUCGGCUUCCUACGCAGGCAUCUCUGAGACUGUCAUUCAUUUUGUAAUUUAUGAAAGCAUAAAGCAAAGACUGAUGCAAUCCAAGACAUCUUCAAAUAUGGAUCCCGAGGAAGAUUCUGUAAAAUAUGCUUCUGACUUUAUAGCCUUGAUGCUAGCUGCUGCAACAUCUAAAACGUGUGCCACCAGUAUAGCAUAUCCACACGAGGUCAUACGAACUAGACUACGAGAAGAAGGAACAAAAUACAGAUCGUUUUUUCAGACAUUUUCGUUAGUAAUAUCUGAAGAAGGCUACAGAUCACUUUAUCGUGGUCUCAUUACCCAUCUGGUCAGACAGAUACCAAACACUGCUAUCAUGAUGGCCACCUAUGAACUGGUGGUUUACCUUCUCGAUGGGUGAAGAAAAUGUUGAUUUAUUGUGAAAAACCUUGAAGACCAAAGGAUUUGACUGGACCAGAAACCCCAGAUUAAUGUAAUGUUGAGAAAAAUGAAUCAAUUGUGAAGAUUUAAGCUGCUGUUAAGACGAAGAAUGUCCAAUUUGUGAAAAGAACUUGCUCUGAUCAAGGAGCUGCCUGUAGUCAUGGCAAUGACAUAAGCUAGAAUCAGCACUUAAUGGGGAACAUUUAACAAAUCUAAAUAUAUUAUCCUGUUAUCUUUCAUUAUAAUUUUUUUUUUAUCACUGUGCUUUCAAUUUUAAGAGAUGUCAAGUAUCUUUGUAAUAAAAAAUGUAUUUUCAGCUAUUUCACUUAACUGAUAAUACAAAACUCUUUUUAACAUGCACACUUUCCCAAUAAUCACCCCAAUAAUAAACUAUUGUGUUGAAAUUUCGGAAAUUUUCAAAAUUAGCUCUUCCACAGAACAAUUUCUAAAAUGGAAACUUGCAAAGUGUUUUAAUUUCAUUCAUUAAUGAAGCCCGUUCUAGUCGUGUGUUUUGCAAUUAAUUUACAACAUUUUGAAUAAACCUAAAACUGCGUCAAGUGCAUACUAGCAUACGCAUGUAAGAAUUUAUCUCGGAAAAAUUGUGUUCUUGUCUUUUUCCUACAUUAGAUGCUGCACAAUAACAUUGUUGCUCUAAAACCCAACAAUGCAGACAUGUAAUUGAACUUGAUUUGCACCUUUUUUUGAUGAAUUCCAAAUAUUUCUAUGAUUUUUUUUCACUUGCCAUGUAAGGUAUGAUUAAUGGAUGAAAAGCAAGAUAAUUAGGAUUGAUUUGUUUACUGUUCCCCUUAAACAGAAAAUGUGCAUACACUUAUUGUGGGAUACAUCGGCUGUGUUAAGAAUUGCUUCAAAGAAACAUGUAUAAGUAUGAUCACAUUAUGCUUAUGAUUGUCCAAACAGCCUAUAGAUGCUUACAAAAAACGAUGCUAAUGUUUGAAGAGGAAACAGAAAUAUGCAAUACUCCACUACGUGUUACAAAUCUGAAUUUUAUGCUGUAAUAAGUGGCUUUGUCUUGAACAUUUCUUCAAGUUCAAGCACUUUGUGGCCUUUAUACCUUGUGGGUUUUGUUUUCCCUGAUGGUUUCAAUUCUUAAAUCAUCAAAAUGGCUAAUAGAUCUUUCACAAGUCUGUUCAAUUAUAAUGGUUUCUGUUCAUGAAGUUUGUGCAUUUUGCAGUACCAAUUGCUUCUAGAUCCAUAACUGCGCUGUAAUAAUUUGUGUACUUUUUUUUAAAGUUUUGUUUCUAUCGCCGCAUAUUCUCAAGUGUUUGCAACUUUCAGUUUUUACAUUUGUUGAAUCCUGAUGAACAAAUUGUUAUAUCCAAAUUGUAUUUUGCCUUGUUUUUCCCUCUAAUUAUAUUAUGGAACUUGGAAAAAGUGCUACGAUCUCCCCCUUAUUUCCAUGUGCCACAACCUUGCUUACCCAAAUUGUCAUGCAUGUACCAGAUCCCGUUAAGUUGAGUAAACAGACACAAAACUUACCAUUUUAAUAGUUUAAGAAACGGAAAGAUGAUAAUCUGGCUACUUCAUAAAGAUAAUAGUUAGUUAAUGACGGACGCGAGCACACAAUUUGUUUACAAUUAAGACAUUUUUCAGUGCAACGGAUGGAAGUCUGAAUGCAGUUGUACCAGAGCAGAAUAACUUAAAAUAACUAGCAAGGCAGUAUUAAUGUGAAUUUAAAAUUUAGUUAUCUGCACCUGUUUGCAAUGGGGAAAAUAAAUUACCAUCCGGAAUCUCAAAUACACAAGUUGAACUACCAUACCUAGAGCAUUACUACUUUUACAUUUCUUCAUUCAUUUCUCAUAACCGAGUGUCAUAACCUGGUCUGCACUUGAUGACGCGGCUUCAAUCUUGUUUUAAUUCUAUAGCAAUGCUUAUAAUUGUGAUCACCAAAAGCUACAGUAUAUCUAAAAUGAAUAUGCCGACUUAGACUGAUGCUUUGCAAAGACUCUGCUGUUCAAUUUCACAUCUAAAAUGUGUUUGAUCCUUUUGCUUAGUGCAUCUGUGGGUGCAAGUAAAGUAUGUACAUAUUCUGUACAAAAUCAUUAAGUCUUCGUGUGCUUUGGAUGCCUUUACAUUGCAAAAGAUUAAAAUUGAAUUAGAAAAUU